GCGGGGGCGGGAGGAAUUGAAGUGUAGAGAAGACUGGACGGCUUCGCAGGUUGCUAAGCGACGAGGUGGGAGAGCGCGCGCACGCCGGGCCGCUGAGGAGUACCUGAGGGAUCCGUGGCGCUGCAGCUCCGACACCUAGGCGACCGAGCGAACGCGCUGCGUCCUCACGGGUCCUUCUUCACCGCCCCGGUAGUGUCCAGUGACGCGGUGAGGGGUUUGCAGGGACGCCCCCUCAGAGGCGGCCGGGGGCAGCACAUCUUCCCCACUCCGGAGGCAGUUGAGAUACAUCCUUAAAAGAAGAAUAAGUCCAUAUUUUUGAAGAUCAGAAAGUGGGUACAUAUGUUGGAGGUUGUGGACAGAGAUUCCUUCUGCCAUCAGAUGUCUUUCUGCUUGACUGAACUGCACCUGUGGUCUUUGAAGAAUACCUUACACAUUGGGGAUAGAGACAUUGGGAUCUACCAGUAUUAUGACAAGAAAGAGCCACCAGCAACAGAGCAUGGUAACUUAGAAGAAAAGCAGAAGCUGGCAGAAUCACGAGAUUUUCCAUGGACGCUCAAAAACAGACGCCCAGAAAAACUUCGAGACUCACUCAAGGAGUUGGAGGAGCUGAUGCAAAAUAGUCAGUGUGUGCUGAGCAAAUGGAAGAACAAAUAUGUCUGUCAGCUUCUCUUUGGUUCAGGUGUGCUGGUGUCCUUAAGCCUUUCCGGGCCGCAGCUGGAGAAAGUGGUGAUUGACAGAAGCCUGGUGGGGAAGCUCAUCUCAGACACCAUCAGUGAUGCUCUUCUCACAGACAGCUUUAUCAUCUUAUCAUUUUUGGCACAAAGCAAACUAUGUUUUAUUCAGUUUACCAAGAAGACGGGUUCUCCUGAUAUAAACAAAAGACUGGAAAAACUCUCAGCCUUGGAUUAUAAGAUUUCCUAUUAUGAAAUCCCUGGCCCAGUAAACAGGACAACACAGCGUCGUCUAGCUAUCAAUUAUGUUCAAGAUAUAGUUGUUUGCUGGUGGCCACUGGUCAGUGAUGAUGCUUGGCCUUGGGCCCCCAUUUCUUCUGAGAAAGACAGAGCCAAUCUGCUGCUCCUGGGUUAUGCUCACGGAAGACUGGAGGUUCUGAGUUCUGUACGCACGGAAUGGGAUCCACUGGAUGUUCGCUUUGGCACCAAACAGCCUUAUCAGGUGUUGACAGUGGAGUGCUCCAUCAGUGUAGACAAAGAGCCCAUGGCUGACAGUUGCAUCUAUGAAUGUGUUCGGCACAAAAUCCAGUGUGUAUCAGUCACCAGAAUACCACUAAGAUCGAAGGCCAUUAGCUGUUGCAGGAAUGUUACUGAAGACAAACUGAUUCUGGGCUGUGAAGAUUCUUCAGUAAUUCUUUAUGAAACUCACCGUAGAGUGACUGUCUUAGCUCAGGCUGAACUUCUGCCUUCAUUAAUAAGCUGCCACCCAAGUGGUGCCAUUCUGCUAGUUGGCAGUAACCAAGGGGAGCUUCAAAUUUUUGAUAUGGCUCUUUCUCCUAUUAACAUCCAGCUUUUGGCUGAAGACUGCUCACCUAGGGAGACUCUACAAUUCAAAAAAUUCUUUGAUGUUUCUAGCAGUCUUGUUCAAAUGCAGUGGAUAGCUCCGCAGGUUGUUUCUAAGAAGCCUGAAAGUGGGGACAUCUAUGAUCUCCUCUUCCUCAAGUUUGACAGAGGACCUUUGGGUGUACUUCUCUUUAAACUUGGUAUCUUCACACAAGGACAGCUGGGCCUGGUAGACAUCAUCUUCCAGUACAUUCACUGUGAUGAGAUCUAUGAGGCAAUAAACAUCCUGAGUAGUAUGAACUGGGACACUCUGGGAUACCAGUGCUUUAUCAGCAUGACUGCCAUCGUAAACCAUCUUCUUAGACAAAAGCUCACUCCAGAGAGAGAAGCACAGCUUGAGGCAAGCCUUGGAACCUUCUAUGCUCCAACAAGACCACUCCUGGAUACAACUAUAUUGGAAUACAGAGACCAAAUCGGCAAAUAUGCAAGGAGAUUCUUCCACCACUUACUCAGGUACCAAAGAUUUGAAAAGGCAUUUCUGUUAGCUGUUGACAUUGGUGCUCGUGACCUGUUUAUGGACAUCCAUUACCUUGCACUAGAUAAGGGCGAAUUGGCACUAGCUGAAGUGGCAAGAAAGAGAGCUAGUGACAUUGAUGCAGAAUCAAUAACCUCUGGAGUUGAACUCCUGGGGCCUUUGGACAGAGGGGAUAUGCUAAAUGAAGCUUUUGUUGGCCUAUCUUUAGCACCUCAAGGAGAAGACACAUUUCCAGAUAACCUCCCUCCCUUUUGUUCAAUCCACAGGCAUAUUAUUCAACAAAGAACACUGAAUGUCUCUGCUGACAUACAAGUAUUUGACAGAAAGAAUGAACUUGAAAAAGUCAUCUGUGCUGGAUCUCUGAUGGCUAAGACCUGUAAUGAAGAAGGUAAUGGUAUCCAAGGAAAUCGGAGAUGGUGCUUCUCUCAGAAUGGUUCACUUCGGUUUGGUAUAAAUACGAAACUUGUUUUUUAUUUUUAA